UCUGUGUUUGGACUGUUCAUCUGAGAUGAGACUGACGGAAAUCAUCCACAACUUUGAGCUGGGGUUUGUGAAACUCAGAUGAACAGAUGAGUGAAGACCGAGCUGAUGGACAGCGCCUGUGGAGAGUUUCCUGCAUCUCUGCGUUCAGAGCCAACGAGCAAACAUGUAUCCUUACACCGUUUCAGAAAAUAAACAAUCGACUGUUUCCCUUUAAACUUCGCUUCGGUCUGAAACGCUUCGCAGGUAACGAGAAGAGAGGAACAAUCCCUGUACGGUGAAAAUCGGAUAAAAUGUCUGCUCUUCGUAAGAAAUUUGGAAGCGACUAUCAGGUAGUGACCACCACAUCUUCCAGCCAUCAGAAAGACAAGAGGAGGAAACGACAGCGAUUUGUCGACAAGAACGGACGAUGCAACGUCCAGCAUGGAAACCUAGGUGGGGAGACCAGCAGAUAUCUCUCAGACUUAUUCACAACUCUAGUAGACCUCAAAUGGCGAUGGAACCUCUUCAUCUUCAUCCUCACAUACACAGUAGCCUGGUUAUUCAUGGCUUCGAUGUGGUGGGUCAUCGCAUACAUCAGAGGCGACCUGUACCGAACCCAUGAUGAGAAGUACACACCAUGCGUGGCCAACGUCUAUAACUUUCCCUCUGCUUUCCUGUUCUUCAUUGAGACAGAGGCCACUAUAGGAUAUGGCCACAGAUACAUCACUGAAAAAUGUCCAGAAGGAAUCAUUCUCUUCCUGUUUCAGUCCAUCUUGGGCUCCAUAGUGGAUGCCUUUUUAAUAGGCUGUAUGUUUAUUAAGAUGUCUCAACCCAAGAAGAGGGCAGAGACUCUGAUGUUUAGUGAAAACGCAGCCAUCUCCAUGCGCGACGGCAAACUCACGCUGAUGUUCAGGGUGGGAAAUCUGCGCAACAGCCACAUGGUUUCAGCCCAGAUCCGGUGUAAAUUACUCAAGUCCCGACAGACGCCCGAGGGUGAGUUCCUCCCCCUGGAUCAGCUGGAGCUGGAUGUGGGCUUUAGCACCGGAGCGGACCAACUCUUUCUCGUGUCACCACUCACAAUCUGUCAUGUGAUCGACACCAAGAGCCCCUUCUACGAGCUCUCACAGCGAUCCAUGCAGACAGAGCAGUUCGAAAUAGUCGUGAUUUUGGAGGGUAUUGUUGAAACGACUGACCCUCCUCCAACCGCUUCCUCACGCUGUCACAGCCGACACAAGAGCCAGUCGAGGAGAACGUCCCAUAGCAAAGCCAGUUCUGAUUCCAGUCGUUCCAGUGUCUCGGGCGCUCAUGUUGCAUCCGCACUCACAAGCAGGCAGGCAGCCAUAGUGGAGGAGAGAAUCCAGCAGCGGCAGUAUGACAACCUACUUCAGCAGAUAGAGGAGGACACGCUGGCAGAAAUAGAGUAUCAGAGACUGCAAACCCAAGCUAAAGAAGCUCAACAUGUUCAGGAAGAGGCUUUCAUUGCAAAAGAAGCACUAGCUAACCACCAAGACUUACGUGUGGACGAAGCAGAUCCCGAAGGAUCCCCAGACACAACCGUGCCACCACCACAGCUACUUCAUGCCAGGCCAGCCCAGUCUCCUGUUGCUCAGCAAUCUCCCUGCACCUCAUCUUCCAUGAUGCAAGCCACGCAGACUAUUCCAGAGCACAAGUUCCAGCUCACGCUGCACAAUUGUCCACAUGUGCAGUCACUCAAGUACAAGGGAGACCACAAGACGCACAUUCUGGGGAGAAUAUUUCACCUGUCUCGCAGCAGCCCAGCCCAGUCUCAAUGCCACUACCCCCAUUCAACCCUGUGCAACCAGCAGCAGCUGAACUUGUGA